AUGCGUAGAGUUGGCCUUUUCAUCUUCGUUGCCGCGACGGCAUCCGCCCUCGCCCCCUACCGAACGAUCGGCCUCUUGGAUGACCACGAUGGCCACACCGUCUACAGCACGUUAGGAAUCACCACCCCCACCAGCAGCAGCCGCAGCAGUAGCUCACCAGAAAUCGCGACCCCGACAGCCGCGGUCGAGCGUGGCGAAGACGCGGCGGCCCCUGUCCAGUUCAACGACACAGACUUUAGCCAGGACUCUGUGCACUCGAGGGAGUUUGUGCACUCGAGCAAGCCCGACGACUACAAGGACUUCAAGGUCGACUGCGGCCACAAGCUCCACAACUACGUCGUGAGGGGGUACUACGAGGCCCGAGACCGGUUCAAGAAGCUCGGCGGCAAGCCCAACAUGAAGGCCGGGCCGGAUGCGUGCGGGCAGAUUAGCUGUAGCUACAGCACGGCUGUCAAGCUCUGCAACGAUAAUACCGAGCCAAAGAGCCUGGAUUCGUGGAAGCCCAUUGCGGAAAUCCUUGAGGAGAUACAUGAAAGGUGCAACCACGGCGAGGCGCGGGAGUUCCAAGGCGGGGAGCUGUUCCACCCGGAGCAUUGGAGGGUCAUAAUGGAAAGGGGAGAAUGCUAG